AUGGGACCCACUUCAAAACGUCUUGCUUUGUCUUCGUCCAUAAGGCGUCUUUUUAGCAGUAAUCUAUCUAUCUAUCUAUCUCGAGGGAUUUUCCCAAUCUAUCUAUCUAUCUAUCUAUCUAUCUAUCUAUCUAUCUAUCUCAGUUUUUUGACUAUCUAUCUAUCUCAGUUUUUUAGAUCUAUCUAUCUAUCUCAGAACUCCAGGGGCUAUCUAUCUAUCUAUCAGGAGGAGGAACUUUUUGACCUUUCUAUCUAUCUAUCUAUCUCAGUUUUUUUAGAUCUAUCUGACUAUCUAUUUAUCUAUCUAUCUAAAUCCAAUCUAUGGGGAUGGACUUGUCUUUUUAGAUCUAUCAUAAUCUAUCUAGUCCAUCCCAGUCAGUUUCAUGUUGUGGAGAGAGACCGGUGUUGGGAUGAGGCCAAACAGAACAAAAAAUGCAGCCAGGUGCAAACCUCAAAGAAACAACGUGUGUCAGGGACCUCAGCGAAAUGA